GAUUGGUCAUCCACGUGGCCAUGAUUGAAACGUGAACGUUGUGGUUUUUGGUAUUUGGAAGCCGGUUGUUUACCUUUUUUCCUCACGGGUUUCUGGGCAGGUUUGUUCGCCGUUUUGAGCAAAUUUAUUGUGUUUUUUAAAAAAUACAUAAUGCCUGUUCAUUCUCGAGACAGAAAAGAGUCUAAUCACGAAGACAUGGACGUGGACUUUCCUGAGCAAGAAGGUAGCAGCUCAGAGGAGGAGGACACAGUGAGCUCUACUGCGUCUGAAGAUGGAGACACUUCAGAGAUGGAUGAUGAAGAUUGCGAAAGGAGGCGGAUGGAGUGCUUGGAUGAGAUGACCAGUCUGGAGAAGCAGUUCACUGACCUCAAGGACCAGUUGUACAAGGAGAGGCUUAACCAAGUGGACCUCAAACUACAAGAGGUGAAAGCUGGCAGCGCUCCAGAGUAUCUAGAACCCCUCGCCAACCUCCAGGAGAACAUGCAGAUCCGUACAAAAGUGGCUGGGAUCUACCGUGAGCUCUGUUUGGAGUCUGUGAGGAAUAAGUAUGACUGUGAGAUGCAGGCAGCCAGUCAGCACUGGGAGAGUGAGAAGCUCCUGCUGUUUGAUACGGUUCAGAGUGAACUGGAGGAAAAGAUCAGACGGCUGGAGGAACACAGGCACAGUAUAGACAUCACUUCAGAACUGUGGAACGAUGGCUUGCAGGCGAGGACAAAUAAAAAGAAAGAUCCCUUCUGCCCUGGCAAAAAAAAGAAACCUGUUGUUGUGUCAGGACCAUAUAUUGUUUACAUGUUGCAAGACCUGGACAUACUUGAAGACUGGACAGCGAUAAGAAAGGCGAUGGCUUCGAUGGGACCACACAGAGUAAAAGUUGACGCAGUUCCAUCGAAAGCUGAGAGGCAUCAUCAUGUUGCCCGAUCUGAGGACGGCCGCUUGUUCUACGACAGCAAGUGGUACAGCCGAGGACAGGCCAUAUCCAUCAGCCGCAAGGAUGAGUACCCCACCAGCGCCAUUAUAACCACCAUUAACCAUGACGAGGUGUGGUUCAAGCGCUUUGACGGCAGCAAGUCAAAGCUUUACAUCUCCCAGCUCCAGAAAGGCAAAUACACCAUCAAGCACUCGUAGAUGUUCUUCUGUUCUCCACUUCGGUCUCUGUGCCUCUGUUCAGCCCAGGACGCACAGAAGCGUUGACCCCAUCUUCGGUUCUCGCUCGGUUCUCAUUUGCUUGCUGAAGCUGUGAUGGGUUGUACGUCUGUGUGCCAUACUUUUUUAGCCCUCUUGGUCCAAGAGGAAUACAGUGCUGCUAAGAAGAAUAAAAAAAGACUGGUUGCCAAGGAAACAGUGAAAGGACGUGUAUGUCUGUGUGCAUGCACAUGUGCCUUGAAUAGGACUACGAAACAUGAGCUAUUAUUUCAAGAAGGCUUUGUUGUAAAAAGUGAGAGAAUGGUGAGGAAAGCUGCCUAAUGCCAAAUAGAGCUCUGUGUGUCGCUAACUCUUAAACAGAGGAUAAAUCAAGUGUUCUUUAUAUUAUUGUCAGUGCAUCGUGUAAGCCUGCUAGUCAUUUAUUUCAGUAUUUAAAAGGGAAAUUCCACCCAUUAAAAAAAACUGGGCACCCUGUAUGAUUAAGUGUUUGAGAGUCAUUCAGGUGUGAAAUGGUUCAGAUUUCUUUACAGUGGUGGUGAUAGGAACCAGGGGUCACCAUGACUACAACACAGAUAUAGACAUUUUAUUUACUAUCCAAAACCACCAGGAAAUGUUGAUGAUGGUAAAAUUUCUCUGUCUUUCUUUGGGGACUGUUUUGCCUCACAGUGUCCUGCAUGUAUCCCUCCACUAUGAAUGGAUUUUAAGGCCAAAAGCUUUGUCGUAACUUUCUGUGAGGUAGCUUUUAGAGGUAGACGUCUGGUUCCUGUCACCACCACUGUGAACAAUUCUGACUCGGUAAGUUUCUCUAGAAUGGAGCAUUUCACACUGUGAAAACCACUCUGAAUGACUCUGUUAAAAUCUUAACCAUUUAAUUAUGCAGAAAGUUUGAAAAGUCUGUGGAUUUCUCCUUUACGUUGUAAGACAUGCACAUAAACUGAAGCAGAGGUUGCCUUUUUAAGCUUCUGUCUAAAGAUUGUAUAUACAUACCUCAGACUUUUUCCUUUUUCAUGAUCAUGCUUAAUGUUGCUGACAUCCAAUUCAGUGCCAGAAAUGUAGCAUUAAAAAAGCUUGGAUCAAAUGCAUAGUUGUUCCAGAUGCCUUAUUGAACAACGUUCUCCAAAA